AUGCUGAAAAGGAACAAGUUCAAUGCUCAGCUUGGGAUCCAGACAGUGGCUGCCAUGCUGAGGGCAGUGUCUUGGGCUGUUAGGGGGUUUCAUUGUGCCUCAGUCCCUCUCUCGGCAAGAAUGUACAGCCAGACAGUGGAUAAUAGCCAUAGCCUGGCUGGCAAAGUGACUGUCAUCACUGAAUCUUCAAAAGGGACUGGUUUGGCCGUCGCCUGGCGUUUGGCCCAGGAUGGGACCCACGUGGUCACCAGCAGAUGGAAACAGCAGAACGUGGACCGGGCGGUGACUGCGCUGCGUGAGGAGGGGCUCAGCGUGAUAGGCACCGUGUGCCACGUGGGGAAGGCGGAGGACCGGGAGCGCCUGGUGGGCACGGCCCUGGAGCCCUCUGGGGGCAUUGACAUCCUGGUGUGUGCGGCAGGUGUAAAUCCCUUGGUGGGGAGCACUUUGGGAGCCAGUGAACAGAUUUGGGACAAGAUCCUAAAUGUGAAUGUCAAGUCCCUGGCCCUGCUGCUGAGCAGGCUGCUUCCCUACAUGGAGAACCAACAGGGAAGCUCUGUGGUCCUGGUGUCAUCCAUGGUGUCUUAUGUGCCAAUCCCAAAGCUGGGAGUCUGUAACACCAGUAAAACAGCCCUACUGGGCCUCUGUAAAUCUUUAGCUAUAGUGCUAGCCCCAAAAGGCAUUGGAGUGAACUACUUGGCGCCAGGAAUAAUCAAGACCAACUUUGUUCAAAUGGAGAAGACAUUGCCAUUCCUGCUCCCUGACUUUAAUGAUCUCUACAGAUUGCAGCGGUUUGGGGAGCCAGAACAAUGUACAGGGAUUGUGUCAUUCCUGUGCUCUUCUGAUGCUUCCUACAUCAUUGGGGAGAAUGUUGUGGUGGCCAUCUACUCCCCUAAGCUCUGA